CAAAGACUCGCUGUAGCCGCUGCACUUUCUUUUGGCUCCGAUCAGAGGGACACUUUUCCCGGUUGCUCUAACACCGAUGACCACACUGAACUGGAUUUGCUGACUUAGUCUGGAUCGUGACCCGUCCCUGGAAGUUUGGAAACUUUAUGGAUGAACUCAAAGACGAGCAAUGUCGACAAUAACUGGAAGUUUGCCUUUGAUCAGGUCGAACAAAAACUGUCUCCCGGCUCCAGACCGAUGGCUACCUAGAAAGCCUGUGUUGGAUCGUAGCUAGCUGGCUAGCGUUGCGCGUUUGACCUUCGUUUUCUAUGUACUUCCUGAGCCGAUUUACUCUGCACAUACGGUCUGCCAUGUUAGCUGGCAUCAUGAUCCUCCUGGUCUUAAUGAUGCUGGUUCUGCCCUCUUCCAGCCUGGAAGAUGAGGAGGUAACGCCUGUCUCUCCGGAUCAUGAGUGCGCCUGUGAGGGCCGGUUGUGCACAGACGGGGAUCGCUGUGUGGGCCAGCAGUGCUUUUCCUCGUUAACGGUCAGCGACGGGGCUCGGGUGUACCAGAAGGGCUGCUUCCAGGAGCGGGACAGCGUGACCUGCCACGCCCCGCCCUCGCCUGGCCAGCUGCUGGAGUGCUGUCGGGGACGCCUGUGCAAUCUCAACGUCACGCUGGAGUUUCCCGCCCAGGAUGAGGAGGUGAAGCCCGUGUCCUCCGAUCACGAGUGCGUGUGCGAGGGCCGCUCGUGCGUGAGCGGGGACCGCUGUUUCGGCCAGCAGUGCUUCUCCUCGCUGACGCUCAGCGACGGGGUGCGGGUGUACCAGAAGGGCUGCUUCAAGGUGUACGAGCAGAGCAGGAUGACCUGCCGUACCCCGCCCUCACCUGACCAGAUCGUGGAGUGCUGCCAGGGCCACCUGUGCAACCUCAACGUCACCGUGGAGCUACCUGUUCAAGGGCGGUCUGCAGGCGGCGGUCUGAGUUACAGCGUGACUACCCUUGCCAUCGUCAUCGUCGCCCCCGUCAUUGUCCUCAUCUUCCUGUCCGGAAUCGCCGCCCUGGCGUUCCGCCGGAUCCACCAGAACCGGAUGGAGAGGCUCACCGCUCGGGACGCCGAGUACGGCACCAUCGACGGCCUGAUCGCCUCCAACGUCGGAGACAGCACGCUGGCGGAUUUGCUGGAUCACUCGUGCACUUCAGGAAGCGGCUCUGGGCUCCCGUUUCUAGUGCAGAGGACUGUCGCCCGGCAGAUCACGCUCAACGAGUGUGUGGGAAAGGGACGCUAUGGAGAGGUGUGGAGGGGACAGUGGCAGGGGGAGAAUGUGGCCGUGAAGAUCUUCUCCUCCCGAGACGAGAAAUCCUGGUUCCGGGAGACAGAAAUCUACAACACUGUGCUGCUCAGGCACGAAAACAUACUGGGCUUCAUCGCGUCGGACAUGACCUCCCGGAACUCCAGCACGCAGCUCUGGCUGAUCACGCACUUCCACGAGAUGGGCUCCCUGUACGACUACCUGCAGCAGAGCACGCUGGAGGCCGCCGGGUGCCUGCGCAUGGCGCUGUCCAUCGCCAGCGGCCUGGCCCACCUGCACGUGGAGAUCUUCGGCACGCAGGGCAAGCCCGCCAUCGCCCACCGCGACCUCAAGAGCAAGAACAUCCUGGUCAACAGGAACGGCCAGUGCUGCAUCGCCGACCUGGGGCUGGCUGUGAUGCAUUUUCAAGACACUAAUGAGCUGGACGUGGGCAGCAACCCGAAGGUGGGCACCAAGCGCUACAUGGCCCCGGAGGUGCUGGACGACACCAUCCAGACGGACUGCUUCGAGUCCUACAAGCGGGUGGACAUCUGGGCCUUCGGGCUGGUCCUGUGGGAGAUCGCCAGGAGGACAGUGAGCAACGGGAUUGUGGAAGACUACAAGCCUCCCUUCCACGACGUGGUGCCUAACGACCCCAGCUUCGAGGACAUGAGGAAGGUGGUGUGCACAGACCAGCAGAGGCCCAACAUCCCCAACAGAUGGUUCUCAGACCCCACUCUGACAUCCAUUGCCAAACUCAUGAAGGAGUGCUGGUACCAGAAUCCAUCUGCCAGACUAACAGCACUGCGCAUCAAAAAGACUCUGACAAAAAUCGACAACUCGCUGGACAAAAUUAAAGCGGACUGCUGAUUCUCCUCCAGAAGGGAAACUUAAAGGCCUUUAAGGUGUCCACCAGGGUGUUGCCUGGCAAUCAGAGAAGGGACUGGUCAGGCACUGUGCCCUUAUAGUGGCACACAGUAUUUAUUUUAAACAGCUGAUGGGAAACAUUUUGGCAUCCAAAGAUGGCUUAGUGGGCAUUUAAAAUUGUCAAUAGCCAAACCUUAGGUAAUUAACCCUCUGAAUUCAUAGGAAUCUAACUAAUAGUCCUGCUAUUAGUCAACAGAAAAUAUUCACCAGGGCUUUGGAAGAAUGGAGGAUAUUGCUGAAGAGGUACUGUUCUCUUUGACUCCUCAUUGGUAGGAGAAAUUUCUGAAAAUAUAUUUCGUUUAGCAAUAUUGUCUGUGCUUUUAUUAUUUUCUCUUUUAUUGCACUAGCAAUCUUUGCAUUCCUUACUUGCACGGAUGCAUUCUGAAAAGUAAAACAAUUUGCCAAAAACAGUAUAUUUUGUAUCACACAUGAGCACAGUUUGUCAUCAUUGUUAUGCAGUAUCGAAAAAAGGAGUAUUUUGCUAUUUAGCAGCAUCUCUUGCACUGGUGUUAACAGCUCUCACAGCCCUGAACUCUCUGUAAGAGAGUGUUUUUGCUAUUUGUCAUUAAGUCUGUCAUCUGUUUAACAUGGCGGUAAGUUGUAAACUGUGCUGCAGCUAACGGUACUCUUUUGCUGUCCUUCUCAAGAUGUCUUAUGUAUCCUGUUGCAGAAAGCUAAUAUAUCACCCUUCACUCUUGCAUUACCCAUCAGUUUUAUUAUUCUAACUGCUGCGUAAGCUAUGUUAAGUACA